AUCUAGUGGUGGGACCGUGCAACAGCAAGUCCCAGUUGCGCUACAGACCGGAAGAGUAUGGAUUUUCUUCCCCCACCUUCAGUUUGCAUUAAGAAAAACAAAGUGUAUGGAGCAGGAGAAGUUCAAGUAUAAAGAUAUAGUAUAUAUAUAUAUAUUUCUGCUUGUUUGCGAACCCAAAGUUUCAACCCGUUUGUCGUAGUUUGUUGUUGAUGUGCACAUCUGGAUUUCUUCGUACAUGUAGGCCACAUGAGUGAUAGUGAAUGAUUAUCAACACCUGACAGUGAACAGAAAGGGCACAUGCACAUGUCAAAUGUACGGAAGAGGAUGAGGGCCACGCGUGAUUAAAAAAAAAUCUUGAGUUCUGACUUUAAACUCAGAAUUAUGAACUCACUCACCUUUUGGUCUUCCAUUAAUGAAAUUGCUUCUUCCGGGACCCUUUCAAGCUCGCAAAAAUAUCUGCUUAGGGACGACAUCAUCGACCUGUGUUUUCCCCCUCCUGCACGGCAAAGUGACUCUCCCACCGAGGUUGGUGCUGGACUCCUGGGCCUCAGGUCCCCGGAGUUCUGAGUUUAAAGUCAGAAUUCUGAGAAUAAAGUCAGAACUCCAAAAAAAGAAAAUUCAUGUGUGGCCCUCAUCCUCUUUCGUAAAAAAUGCAAUCACUUUAAAAUGUCAAAACAAAUUCUGUUAUGACUGAGACUGACUUGAGUAUUUUACCCACAGAAAUAAACAGACCAUCUUCCUUAAUUUUUUCAAACCUAUGCAUGUGCUUUUAUCAUCUGUUUUAUUCUUGCAGAGCAACAGUACAGAACCAUGCAACAUACAGUACUACACGAGACAGUGUACGAAAAAACAUGUCUCUGCCGUAUGAAGACCAUGUAAGCGGCAAAACAUCAACUUUUCCUGACCCUGUUUCAAGCUCUUUGACAUUCCAUUUUUAGAUAAUCCAGUGGUUUCUAAAAUGUUUAUAUAUCUUUAAAAAAAAGAAUCAUUCGACUUUCACAUUGUCGUUCACUUUGUCGGGAACGCUCAGAAUCACAAUUUCUCAGUUUUCCCGGGAGAGUGCAGGACUUUGGGCGAACUAUGAGCGUUGGUGAAAUGGGACAGUGGCACAGCGUCGUCGUGGACGACGGUGAUGCACUCUGGUACAACAUACAGGGCCUUUUUUUACAACUCUGCAUGUUUGCACACGUCUUGAAAGAUGCUCCCAUGUCUCAAAUUGGCAUGAAACUCCUCCUCUGCGGAUCCCAGUGUCAGCUGGUGUGUGUUUAUUUUCCAUUUAUCAGAGGGGAGACUUGACAAGGAAGCAUGCAAACAAAAAAAAACAUACACUGUAGAUGAAGCCAUGAAAUGUUUGUGGGCAGCUGAGUUCAAUACUUGAGGAAACUAUAUCUGCCACGGGCCUGAUAAUGUUUCCGACCACGAUGUCUUGGAUGCACAUAAAAUCAAAGCUGUGAAGAAGAGUAAAUAUAGCCCUCUGUGGCACCGGGGCUGGUCAGGACGUGUGUUAGCUGUAUCCAGAGCAUGUAGGCCAGUCGACCCCCGGCACUGACACAGUUUCAGGUCCCACGUGGGGGUAUGAGAGAGUCUUAGAUAGAGUUUCCCCCCCCGUGCCCAUGGUGUUAUUAAUAAGCACAAAGUGUGCCCAUGUUUUCCUGGAGACAGUCACUCGGCUGAACUGUCCUCAAACUGUGUCCAUCGCUGUCUGCGCCUUCUCUCCGGACUGUCGCCUCCGAGCAAAUUGACUUUUUUUUUUGCAGCUCGAGGACAGUGAAGGAUCAGUGGGAGAAAAGGACAUGGCAUCUGCUGAUGACUCACCCGUGGAACUUUGUGGAUUUGUUGGCGAGAUCCCAGAAGCCAGCCCCACUGACUCUGAGACAGUCACUCGCCUAGACAAGUGGACACAACACCAUGUGCUGCAACUGGACCAGGCGGUCGUGGACAACGUGGGGCAGCUCUUCGAACACUGCAUCCAGCAGGUGUCCCGUCUGGAGAAGCAGAGGGACGGGCUGAUCCAGGAGCUCCUCCGUCUGCAGGAGCCACUGCUGCAAGUCGUGGGGCACCUGAGGGGGAAGGUGGAGGAGACGCAGAGGCUGCUCACGCUGGCUCAGCUGGAUUACGCGGCUGUGUUCGAGGAAGUGCGGCAGGUGAAGAGGAAACUGUUCGCCACGGCCAGAGACUGCAUCCAGAGUCAGGUGGCGCUGGCCACGCGCGAGUACGAGGUUGCGCAGUCUGCUGUCACACAGGAGGAGCUCGGGGCCUACGUCCAAAAUCUGCUUUGGGAGUUUUCCCAGCUCCAGGAAGCCCAAAGAGACGAGCUCAACUCCCUGAGGGCCCAGGCCUCUAAGCCCCACAGGCCCAGGGCCAUGAGCGACAUCAGCCAGUGCCGCCAGGCGGCUGUCAGACUGCAGCGGCGGCUCAGCAGCAGCGUGAAAGCACUCGAGGGCUGGUACGAGCCUCGGCUCAUGGCCCUGCUGAAGAGGAGGCAGGUUGGGGAGGAGGCCUUGAGGAAGAGCAGGGAGCAGGCGGCGGACCUGAGGGCCAGCCUGGGGCCCCUGAGAGAGGACAUACAGACACUGGAGGUGCGGAGAUCCUGUCUGGAUCAGAGGAUCUCUCUGAUGGAGAGGGAGAGGGUAGAGAGCAUCACACAACACAAGGCGACUGUGGAGACCUUGAAAGAGACCCUGAGAGAACUAGAAGUGGAGUUUGAAGUUCAAACACAAUCUAAGAAACAUCUGGAGGAUCUUAAAGAUGGCCUUUUAACGGAGCUGACAUUUCUGAGAGGCUGUGAUGAUGCCAGCAAAACCACUGCAGAGGAAGAGCCGUAAUUUUUUAAUAUUUUGAAUAUUCUUAACAAGGAUAUGUACACCUGACCAAACCAUGGCA